AUGGUUGAAAACCUAUCCACUACAAAUAUGCAUUUUGAUUCUCACUAUUUGUGUUUCAUAUUCAAAUUUUCAUAUUCUAAUUUAGAUUAUUUAAUAACUAAUAGUAAAAAUAGUAAUAGUAAAAAAGUCAAUUUCAGAGAAUGGCUCAAGCAUCAAUUUAACAAAUUCCUACUGCAAAGACGACGUUUCAAAAACAACCUUGGUAAAAAAGAGAGCGACAAAAUACUUAGUUCAACAAUGUUACAUGUAAAUUCCCAAGACUUACAGAGCAAGACUUACAGAGCUGUAAAUGAUGCUAUUGAUAAGACGUAUCGGGAUGAUAUCAAUAACUGUUUUGUGGAUUGUGAAAGCAAAAAUUGUAUGAGGAACUGUUUGAGGCUCGCUAAAUAAAGUUAUUAAUGUUCAUAAUUAUUGUACUUUGAAUGUAUUUUUUGUUUAUUUA